CUAUGCUAUGUCAGUACUGCUUCGGCCGUCGUGUUAUGCGGAUGCUGUUAUACCACGCGGUUAACCGUAUUCAGUAUAAUAAACGCGCGCAUGCGUUCUUGCUUGUAAUUUAAAAACACACUUUAUUAUCCAACAACAUAAUACUUUUAAAUAUAUUAUUUGUCCUUAAAACCGUGCUUUUAAAUACUCGCAUACCGGUUUCCUAACUAAUUGUGACUAUUAAAAUUAAUUGCUGUUUAAAUACUUGUCUUUUGGAGCCCGAUUAAUUUUUUGUCGGGAGUUCGGAUAAAGCUGUGGAUUUUACAAAAAAGUGGUGACGGUAUCACGUGGAUAUUUAGGUAAUUUGGUGGAUUGUGUGGACGAGGCGAAAAUCAUAAGUGCCCGUGAUAACGCAGACACUUGUGCUGAGUAAAUGUUCGGUUGGUACAUUAUUUAUUGUAGCAACCACGUGGAUAUUGGCUAGUCGCGGAUGGACGCUGAGAAAAGGUUUCAUUAUAUUUGAAAGGUGAAGAUGAAAAUACAAGUGGACUCUAGGUAGCGGCAAUGGACCUCAGCAGCGUUGGAGACCGGCAAGUCGAUGGAUCGACAUGCGCUGCAGUGGUCUCGUGUCUACAACAGGCACGAGAUCAUAAAAAGAAGAAAAUCAUCAGCAUCAAUAAUAACAAUAAAAAUAGCAAUGGCAACAACAACAGUCGUGCUGAUAGAUCGAUAAUCGGCGAAAGAGAGAGUCAUCAUCAUCUCGGGCAGAUCAUCGGCACGGGGAUCGCGCCGUCAAGGAAAAAAGAUCCUUACCAGGAAUUGGAACUUUACCUCGCUCGAGUUAUUGAGGAAAUUGAUGAAAUUAUUGUCACGUCACUGCCGUCACAAUCUAUUCAGACUCCAACGGAUCCAGUUAUAAAACUCGAAACUACAAAUAGCGUCAACAGUAUCAAUAAUAAUAAUAAUAAUAAUAAUAAUAGUAAUGAUAAUAAUAAUAAUAAUGACAAUUUAUCUGAUGAAAUUAUUCGAGAUAAUUUAGUAGAUAAAUCUCUUGACACAAAUCAAAUUAAACAGACGCAGUCUCUGAAGGCAUCUCUGGUUUCCAAUAAAUUAAAUUCAUCAAGCAAAACAUUAUCUGUUUACGUAGCGUCAUUGAUUCCUCAUACCCAGCCUUCAAAUAGUAUCGAAGCUGCGGCAAAUCAAAUAGCAACUGAAACUAAAACUGAAACUAAAACUCCAGUUAUCGAAUAUCGCGAUUUGUUGAGUGAAUUUGGAAUAUUGGAUAGCGAUGGUACCGAAAGUUGUACUGACAGCAAUAACUCCUUGGAAUAUGAGGAUAAACAGCUAUCGAUUAGUGAAGAUAGUAUUAGCGAGGGUAAUAUUAAAGAAAGUAGUCAUGUAACUUUGAUAAAUAAUAAUAAUAAUAAUAAUAAUAAUAAUAAUAACGAGUCCAAAGAUAAUUUAGCGGAAAGUGCGGGGGCCAAAAAAAUAAGCGGAAGUUGGCCGGGUAUUGACGAAGGUAAUAGCAAUAAAAAAAUAACAAACUCUGGUUCACAAACAGAUAACAAAUUGAUAUUGUCAUUGAGUAGUAAUAGUUCUAGUCUACCAGCGAGUCUUGAUGACAGACAAGACACGAGGUGCAAGGAUAUUCAGCCAAAUAACUUGUCAGAAUUAAGUUUUGAUAAAUUAAAUAAUAGUAAGUGUAAUUGUAAGCCUCCGAUAAAAGUUUAUGAAGGCAGUAGUUGUAGUAAUAGUAGUAAAAAUAGCUCGAGUCCAAUGAGUCGCAGAUGUAGAUCAUCGACGAAUUCAUUCGUUAAAUCAAAACUGUCGCCCUCGCGCACUCAAGAGGAGGCCACGGAUCCCGAUUAUGAUGACGUCUUUAUAACAGACGACAAAGCCAAUUCGCGGCUCCAGUUUGUGGACAGGACGCCAAGAUCAGCCCCGGUGACACCGACUGAUGACAAAAGUCUUCCGUUUAAAUUAUUUCGCAAGAAGUAUCCGGUCACUGGUAGCAGUUGUAGCAGCGGGAAUUGUAGCGGGAGAAUGAGCGACGCGAUUUUGGUGAGAGUCUCCUCGUUGCCGGAUCAAGAUCUACUGGAUCAUCAUCAUCAUCAUCAUCAUCAGGACUUUAAUAGACAUUUAAUGAAGAAAAAGAGACGUGCUAUUUCACCUCUGACACUUAGAUCGGAUAUCACGGCCAAGAGAUUAUCGGAAUCGGAUAAAGACGUCAGUCAAAUAAGUCCCGUUCAAUUGAAGACAUUUUUUCCAUUAAAUGAACAAAAUGACGCCGCCGUCGGUUGUGAUUUGCCGGUAGGGAGUAAAAACUCGUCGGAUACCAGCAUCGAGAGUGGAAAAUCGGAAAAAUUUAUAAAAAACGAUUUGAGAAAAGUUGGCAGUGAGGAUUCGCGAUCGGUAUCGUUACCAAUAUCACUUACGGCAUUAUUCUCACGUCUGCGCAAUGGCGGCUCCUGUUGCCCCAGCAGCCAGCCCAUUGAGAGGUUUAACAGCUCAAAUAUGGCGACCCAAACAUCCCCGGCGAUUUCACGGAGCUCGAGCUUUACGUGGGUCAGCGAUUGUGAUUCGCCUCGAGGUAUUUUAAUUCACGAUCGAAUGAGCAGUGAUGUUGGGGUUCAUCACCAGCUUCAUCACCAUCAGCCCUAUCAUCAGCACCCUCACCCUGACCCGUGCCACGAAAAUAAUAACGAGUGCCAGCAUCUCGAGCUAAUUAGAAAAUUUAAUUUUUCAGCAGAGUCGCAUGUCGAUAUGCACUCGCUAAGAGAUGAAAGUGCACUAGAUCUAGCCUCGCCUCAAGACACCGUCGACGACGACAACAGAUCCUCGUCCUCUUCUCAGGACCUCGUGCAAAGUCUGGACGAAAUUUCCUCGGGCAGUACCUCGCCCGACACGACUGACCGCGCCUCCCCUUUGGAAAGUGGAAUUGGCACCGCCAGCCCUCCAAGGAGUACAGAUCGACGCUCAAUCAAACCGUUAAUCAACAACAAAUGUUGUCGCAAAGAAACUUGGGAACGAAUACGUAGACGGCCGUCAAAACAAAACUCACGUUCGGAAAAAGGCUCCACUGAUGUAUGGGUUCGUAGAGAGAGUGUUUAUACUCAGACGAGACGAAAUCAAGAUAAAGACUCCCAAGAAGCCGUUGAUAGCAGCAGUGGAGUCGAUGAUACAUUACCUCGGACCAAGCCUUCAAGGCCAACAAACUUAAUUAUUGACACCAGCAGUUCAUUGAGCUCUGGAGAAAUGCUCGAGACGUUGGCACUUUCAUCACCGAAUUCGCUAUCACAGCCCACGGAGCCAACCGAAAACACACACGGCGAGACCCAGAUCCAGCCGUCCGACUCGCAGCCCGACCGGUUGUCUGAAAUCGAAGCCCAGGAAGCGUGCAAAUGGUUACGAGCCGCCGGUUUUCCGCAAUAUGCACAGAUGUAUGAAGAUUACCAAUUUCCAAUAGACGUGUCUGGUGUGGCAAAGGAUCAUCCGUUUCUCGAAGCAGACUCACUUCAGAGUUUGUAUCGGAGGCUUGACGCACUCAACCGAUGUGCAAACAUGAAGCUUGAUACCCAUCACACCCACCAUCAUCAUCAUCAUCAUCAUACCAACCAUCAUCAUAAUACCAGCCACAGCAAAACCGGAGGCGGAGGAGGUGGGGGAGGAGGAGGAGAUGACUCAGAUGAGGAUACACAGUGCGCAUUGAGUGAGAACUGGACGUUUGAAAAGAAAACGAGAAGAUGGUCACGAAUAUGCGAUAUAAGUCAAGCAAAUGUCGAGAGAUUGCAAGCAAUAGCCGCGGGGCAGCUUCCUUGUCCCGAUGACUCGCUGGAAGAUCGGCUGGAAACCGACGAACCUGAAGAAACGAUGAUAGUACACGGCAGUGUCAGGUUUGAGAACAUCACGAGCAAUCCAAACUCGGACGACAUGAGUCCCAAGUUUCGUCGCACUGGUUCCGAGCGGCUAAGAGACGGCGCAAAAGCAUUUUUACGACGGGUUGAGUCGCUUAAAUCACGUCGUCGAAAGCGUCAGAAUCGCGAGGGCGUCGUUAUCAGCGGACCUCAAGUCCUAGAUGUGAUAUCGAUGCAGCAGAAAAUGAAAGAUCUCAACUGCGUUGAUGUGUCACCUACUGGACUUACUCCGAUGUCAUUUGGCGACGCAUUUUUGCUCCCGUCACCCAACCCACCGUCAUCGCCGGUUACUUUACCCAACUCGCCCUACCACUUGCCAUCGGUCAAUUUGAUGACCACAACAAGCAGUCCAUUUGGCGACGACUCAUCGAGUUACUGCUCGGACGGUUCUCAGAGCGGCGGACCCACAAAUACGCCGACUAUCACCACGAGCUCAUCAACAACCGGAUCAACAAGGACUAAAUUAAAUAAAGCCAAGAGAUUUCUUUAUCGCGGUGGCGGUAUGCGGGAAGAUCAAGGCGCCUUGAGCGACUCUGAGUGCCAGCCGUCAAAUUGGCGACACAAGUACCUGAAGGAUGCCAACAGCAAUCACACUAAAGUGCUCGAGUACCUAACGAGUCACUCAACAACUCCCGGUGGAGAAGCUACUCAUCCGCAGUCGAUAGGCACCAGGGGUGGGAGCCUUAAUCUUGGCAAAGACUCACAGCGUUAUCGCGACAAGCUGUCUGGUCAGUCAAAGCUACUUGACAAGGAGCUAAAAGUUGUUGCGCUAAAACGCGAAGACAAACUCCAUAAGAGCUUCCGUCAUGCGCGCGAUGAUCUGGUGAUUGAUCGCAAGCAGCAGCAGUUAUUGAUUAAACACCACCAGCAGCAGCAACAAGUUACUGUUUAUCGGGAGAAAUCGCGAUCGCGUAGCUCGGAAUUAGUCGCUAGUCAGGAGAGCAGCUCGACAAUGGCGAGUCGUGAUUCUGAUCCAGAGGAUGAGUCACCAAGACACAAGGGUACUGUUGUUAGGUGGCACAGUUUUCAACGCGGUUCUUUGUAUCCUGAACCACUGGACCCUCUUUGCCCGCGAGCAAUGGCCUCUAUGUCUUGCGGACAACUACUUGUUCUGCGAAAACUCGCUCUGCUAAAAUUGACCGCCUGCAUGGAACGUUACUGUCCAACUCAUCGCACCGGGUGGAAUUGGGAGCUGCCUAAAUUUAUCCGUAAAAUAAAAACCCCUGACUACAAAGACAAAACAGUAUUUGGAGUUCCACUUCUGCUGUCAUUGCAACGCACUGGACAGGCCCUGCCCAAAUGCAUCCAGAUAGCGCUGAGAUGGCUCCGUGCCAACGCACUCGAUCAGGUUGGAAUAUUUCGAAAGAGCGGAGUGCGUUCCCGCAUACAAAAGCUCAAAGCGAUGACUGAAAUUCAAGGUGACAAUAUUAAUUUCGAUGGCCAGCAAGCAUUUGACGUCGCGGAUCUAGUUAAACAGUACUUCCGCGAGCUACCAGAGGCAUUGCUUACCAACAAGUUGUCCGAAACAUUCAUCGCGAUAUUCCAACACGUACCAGUCGAAUUGCGGCCCGACGCAGUUCAAUGUGUCCUCCUACUGCUACCGGACGAACAUCGCGAAGCGUUGGAAACUCUUCUCGACUUUUUGAAUCACGUCGCCAGCAACUCGCCGUACAAUCAAAUGACCGCGUCAAAUUUGUCAGUAUGUCUUGCUCCCAGCUUGUUUCACCUGAAUCACAACAACUCAAACACUAACAAUCGAUCAUCCAGUGUUUCGCCUCGACGCAGGAAGACCGUUGGUAUUCCCGACCAACGCGAGCUCUCAGAAAACAAAGCGGCACAUGACUGUCUUCUGUAUUUGGUUAAAAUGCAUCGUGAAUUGUUCAUGGUUUCAUCAGAUAUGUUGACGCAGUGCCACUUUAAUUAUAUGGAGGAAAGUGUUCCCGUUGGUCUAGAAGAACUGGGGUCAGAAAUGAAACAAGACUGGCGUGGUUACAUGUAUGCUUGUACAAGUGCUCUAUUAAAGGAAGCGCGUGAAAAGAGCCGCGGUUGGGUAACAGUGAGCAAUCCAGCAGACAGCAGCGUGGAAAUGGCUUACAAAAAAGUUGGAGACGGGCAUCCUUUGCGUCUGUGGCGAGUGUCGACGGAAGUGGAAGCGCCACCACAUGAACUGCUGCAACGGGUGUUGCGCGAACGGCACAUAUGGGACCCGCAGCUAUUGAAGUACCGUAUGGUUAAAAAAUUGGACGCGAACGCGGAGAUAUUCCAGUACGCGGCGGGCAACAUGAGUCCAUUACCGGCACGUGAUUACUGCGUCCUGAGAACCUGGCGGACAGACUUGCCGAAGGACUCUUGCGUUAUUGUUGAGACAUCAGUUCAGCAUCCAGACGCGCCGGUGAUGCUGGGCGGGACUCGUGGGAUCGUCUUGGCUUCGCGUUAUCUAAUCGAGAAGUGCGGAAGUGGAAAAUCACGUAUCAUGCAUUUGUCACGUGUCGACACUAAAGGAAGGACGCCUGAGUGGUAUAAUAAAAGCUACGGUCACAUCGCCGCUCUUUAUUUAAGUAAAAUACGUAAUUCAUUCAAGCACACGUCUGAUGGCCCGGAAAGUAAGGUCUGAGAUAGGGCCUCCGUACAAUGCUCGUCAUUGUACGGAUCCCAAGAGUCAAGCAUCUCUGACCACUCUUCAUCAUCCAGAGAUGACAUGGAUUAUUUAACAGUACCUCUGACUAUUGACGAGGAGUAAAUUGUUUUAAUUAAAUAAAUACAUAAAUAACCAACAGAGUAUAUUAUAUGUUAUAAUAUAUUUAUCAUGUGAAUCUCAAUGUCAAUGUUUCCAUGUCGACUUUAAUCCGUUUUAUAAAAAGAAAAAAAAUUUUCUUUUUAAUUAACACGGAUUAAAUUUUGAGUAAUUAAUAUCAAAAUGUAUGUAAUUUAUCCUCAGCACUUUUUUUGGUUGAAAUCCUCCAUCUUUAUGGUAUAGUACAGAAAAAUUACGGAGGUUGACGAAAAGAGCCGAACUUUGAUUAAAAAAUUUGAUCUGAAAAAAUUUCGGGGCCAGUUUUUGAAUCUAAAAUUAAUGAAAUUCAAAAUUUAUAUUUAUGAAAAAUAUGGUAUUUUAUGAAGAUUUAAAAAAUGUAUAAUAAUAUUCCAUUAAAAUUUGAUAAAAUUUAUGAGUGCUGAUAAAUUUGAGAUAAAUAAAAAGUAAGAUCUGAAUGUUGUUAAGUUAAAAUAUUUAUAAUUAUUAAUUAAGAGUUGAUGAUUAACAUCAACUGAAGAUAUAUUUUUAAUUAACAUAAGAAUUUUUUAUAUUAUUUUCUUGGACCAAAUACCCCUUUUUUUAUAUUUAACAAAUAAAUAAACAAUUAAGAUAUUGUUAAAAAAAUUGAUAAUAUUUUUUUUUGUAGUUAAAAAAUGUGAAUAUGUGUAUAAUAAUAAUAUAUAAAAUAUAUAUAUUUUUGUGUGGACGAACGUGUGCGGUCAGUUGGGUAAAAUGGGAUUGAUUGAAUGAUUGACGCAGUUUAUUUGUCUGCCUCUAUUGGUAGAGCCAAUAGCUUUACCAAAUGUCAAAGAAAGUAUUGAAACUACAUUGAGAAAUGUUUUUAAACUCAACUAAAAAAACUAUAAAUUAAAUAUUUAAAAAUUUAUUGAUUUUAUUUAGAGCCAUCAGUAGAUUAUAAGAUGCACUGCAUUAAUUUAUCGGUACCUGGGAAGUUAAACAUUUAAAUUAUUCAUCACAAAGCCUCUAAUAAAUAUUAAUGCCUCGCGCAUCCUCAAAAAAAAAUAUAAAACAAAUAACAAAUACAUAUAUGAACAAAAUGAAUUAGAUAUAUAUUUAUCAAUGUAUUUAAAGUUAAUACUAGUCAUGAAAUAAUUAUUAAAGUGAAUUAUUGAAAACGCCUAUGCGAGUGUAUGAAAUAAUAACAUGUAAAGUGUUCCAAUAUGUUGUAUUUAAAAUAUAUAAGUAUCUGUAUGUAACACAUUAUAGAAAAAAUAAUAAUAAUAAUAAUAGUAACAAAAAUAUAUUGUAUUUUUGUGAUGACAGUGCGUCAGUGGCAUUAAAGACAUGAUAACAAUAAAUGAAAUCUAUGUAUGAUGUUUGUCAUGUCUUAAAUAUUACAUCUAUAUUCUUGUAAUCAAUAUCUUAUCGACUGUAAAUAUGUAUGAUAUUAAAAUGACGAAUAUAUAUAAAUAUAUAUUAUAUUGAUUAAAAAAUAA